AUGCCCCCCACCUCCAAACUGCUCGCCGUCCCCAAGCCUGGUGUUCCUCGCCCCGCCCUCCCUGUUGAGCAUGCCAACCCCCACAUCCGCGCAAUGGACGCGUCCAAACCGCCGCCCGCGGUCAAGUUCCAGGAGAUCGUGAGGGAGGGUCAGGCCACUAUCGUCGGCCGCGUCAAGAUCCCCACUCCCAACGGCGGCCACGCCUUUAUCCUCCGCCGGCUGGACACGGGCGCGAUCUCCGUGACCACCAUGUUCCGCGCCGCGUUCCCCACCGCUACCGAGGAGGCAGAAAAGGUCGAGACGAACUGGAUCAAGACCGCCUUCGACAUCUCCGGCGCGAACAAGUCGGGCAAAGCUCGCUUCGCCGGCACUUGGGUCACCCCCGACGUCGCGCGGGCCCUCGCCGACGGCUACUACCUCCAGGCCAUCAUCGACUCGCUUGCCAACGCCGUCCCCGACCCCCAGACCACCUUCCGCCGGUCCAAGAACCAGCAGCCGACGCCCACCGCAUCCCCCGUCGCCGAGCCUGGCCCCGCACCCGCCAAACGGCGGCGGGAAGCGUCUCCAGCCUCGCCAGCGAUACCUCCCCCCGCCCCGGCGCCACCCCCUGAAGCCCAGACCUCACCGAGCAAGCCCCGCAUGGCGACGUCGCCCAACCCACGACGGUCUGCACGCCUGAAGAGCCCGCCGGUGGAGUCACAGACCCAACCGCUCGUUGUGCCCGUCCAGAAGUCUCCACUCAAGACACCUCGGGGACGGAAAACGGCGCGCGACGAGAUGCCGACGCCGUCGGGGUCGGACGAGACUGCGGUCGACGAGGACGCAGAGGCGGCGAAGGUGGCAGAGCCGAAGAUGCACGAGGAUGUGCAGGAACAGAAGGAGCUGAUCGCCAGGCUUAAGGCCGAGCGUGUCGCACAGGCGAAAAAGCAGGCGGCAGGCGACGAGGAGAUGACGGAGGAGGACGCUGGGAGCAAGCGUUCACGCGAAGAGGAGUCGGCCCAGUACAAGUUCAACUUCAAGGAACCGGGAGAAAGUGAGGUCGGCGAGCGGGCGAUUGCGACGAACAGCAGGGUGGGUCUCCUGGGGCGGAUGCCGCCAGAGCGCAAGUCGCUCUUGUGGGGCUCGCUCGCAUUUGCGGCCGGUAUGGGUGCCAUAACGUUCUUGCCCAACCUGCAGGCUAUGCUCUUCUAG